CAAACUUGCAAGGAGGGAAAAGGUCCAUCCACAAACCAGAAUGCCUCGUCUUUCCACUCUCUAUCUGCUCGCUUACAACUCUCUUCAGGCUAUUGGAUGGACCUUUUCCCUCCUUGCAAUUUUGAUCAAUCUUCUGUCCACGCGCUCUGUCGCUGGAACCUAUGCUUCUUCCGGCAAGCUAAUAAGUUUGCUGCAAUGCACUGCAGUAUUGGAAGUCAUACACGGAGCCAUUGGCAUUGUGCCAAGCGGAGUACUACUCACUCUAAUGCAAUGGGGAGGACGGGUCCACUUUCUGUUGGCCGUUGUUGAUAAAGUUCAUGAGGUUCAGGGGUCACCGUCAGUCUUUAUCACUCUCCUUGCAUGGAGCAUAAGUGAGGUAAUUAGAUAUUCACAUUAUGCUUUCAACUGCAUCGGAAGUUGUCCUCCUUGGAUCACCUAUCUCAGGUAUACUGGCUUUAUUGUGCUGUAUCCCUUAGGGAUUGGUCCUGGUGAAAGUGAGUCCUUAUCUACCUUUCCAUGCUUUUAUCUUUUGUUUCCCUAUGAAUUUGCAAUUCAUAUUGGCAUUGCUACUCAUUCAUUCCUUUAUUUUCCAUUGACAUCAUUCAGCAUGUUUUGUAUAAACUAGUACAACUGAUCAAUCUACGAUGCAGUGUGGCUAAUGUAUCAAGCACUUCCUAUUAUUGAGAAGAGGAACCUCUAUGCAGAUGCCUUUUCAGGUCUCCCAUUCAGUUAUUAUGAUUUCCUCAGGGUUGUAAUUGCAAUUUAUCCAUUCCUCUGGUUGAAGCUUUAUCUGCAUUUGUUCAAGCAAAGGAAAGCAAAACUCCGAAAAAACCAUGAGAAGAAAAGAACAUGAAGAGCAGAGCUCUUGGUUUUAUAAUUUGUUGACAACCUCACGAGUUAUUGAGCUUGUGCGCUUUUUCUUGGGUGAUAUGAGCUCUGCGUCUCGAUGAAGCGUUUUGUUUGAAAGCUGAGUGUCUCAGAAUGUGGCACUUGUUAAGUGAUCAUUGGACUGGAUUUUAACGCAAACUAAUGGCAUAGUCACGUGUUAUUCAGGAUUUCGGAUUACCAUCGCAGUUACUAUUCAUAAAAUUACUGCCUGUGA